AUGGAUGAAAUGGACUUUGAGCGCCGCCGGGAGCUGAGAAGGCAGAAGCGGGAGGAGAUGCGCCUGGAAGCUGAACGGAUGUCUAAGAACGACGAUGACGAGGAGGAGGCGGCUCGUGAGAGGAGGCGCCGGGCUCGCCAGGAGAGAAUGAGGGCCAGGGAGCUUGAAGAAGCCGCCGCGCAGCCCGAAUGUCCGGUGGUCACCAACUGUUACAGCGUCACAGAAAGCGUCUCGCUAAGCAGCUCUUACGGCGGCAACUGCGAGGACGAAGACCAAGCACUUCUGGAGCGCAUGGCCAAGCGUGAGGAACGUAGGCAGCGUCGCCUGAAGGAGGCGCUGGAACGACAGAAGCAGUCGGAUGAGACGGAAGGCCAGGAUGUGAGCAGCGUGGAAAAGAGCAAGCCGGUGCAGGAGUACGGAGAAGAAGAGCAGAGGCCUCAGUACUCCUCCUGGCGUCGGGAGAAGAUGUAUAGCCUGGAAAGAGAAGAGAAGGAAGAGGAAGAGGUCAGACAGGAAGAGGAACCUGCUCCCGUGGUGGAGAAAGUGGAGGAGGAGAAGCCAAGGAGGUCUUACUUCAUAGAAGAGAUGAAUGAGCAAAGCUUUAGCAGGAACGAGAGGAAGCAAAACGGAAGCCUGUACGAUGAUGAGCAGCAGGGAGAGGAACAAGAGCAAGAAGAAGCUACCACCAUGCUGCACAGGAAAUAUGAGAGAAUGUCAAGUCGAAGCAACGCGCGCUCCCCCGAGGCGUCGUUCGGCGACGAGCGGGACGAGGACACCGCCGUCCGCCUGGAGGCCGACCUCAAGCUGGAGGAGCUGAAGCGCCGACGCGACAACGCCGAAAGCGAGGAGUUCGAGCGCAUGCGGCAGAAGCAGCAGGAGGCCGAGGCGCAGCUGGAGGAGCUGAAAAGGAAGAGGGAGGAGAGGAAGAAGGUGCUGGAGGAGGAGGAGAGGCAGAGGAAGCAAGAGGAGGUCGAGAGGAGAGCCAGAGAGGAGGAGGAGAAGAGAAAGAUGAAAGAGGAGAUUGAGAGGAGGAGGGCCGAGGCGGCCGAGAGGCGGCAGAAAGUCGAGGAGCCCGUGGACGACGAAGGCAAGCCCUUCAAAUGCGUCAGCCCUCGCGGCUCCCCCCUCAAGAUUGGCGAGCGGGCCGAGUUUCUCAACAAGUCGGCACAGAAAAGCACAGCAAAGGCGUCCCCAUCCCAUGUGGUGUCCAAGAUUGACAACAGACUGGAGCAGUACACCUCUGCAGCUCAGCGAGAGACCAAGGACUUGCGAUGCCCUCGCUCGGCGGCCGUGGACAUCCCGGCGGCGACCGACAGCAUACGAAACAUCAAGAGCAUGUGGGAGAAAGGCAGUGUCUUCAGCGCGCCGGGAAACAGCGGCAGCAGCGCUUUCAAGGAAGCAACUGUGAUAAACCCAGGCGUGGCGGGCCGCAUCAACGACUGGCUGAAUAAAACCCCUGAGAGCGCCAAGUCGUCGGGAGGAAGGCCAUCGGACCUGAAACCUGUGGAUGUAACCAACAAGAGGAGUUUAUGGGAAAACAAAGGCUCUUCUGCAGCGAAGGUGGCGGGAAGAAGCGAGACCAAAUCAUUCACGAACGGUGAGUACCAUUCUAAACAAAGAUAG